AUGCAGAUUGAAACAUCAGAUUAAUAAUUUGAGGAAAUAUAUUAAAGUUUAUGCAAAGAUGAUAGAUUUUGUUUAGAUCUUCGAGUUUAAUUUGAAAAGAUUUUAAAAGUAGAGAUGGAUAGAUGUCAGGCAUAUCAUGAAUUUUCUGAAUUUUUAAGUGGCAUUGCUAAAGAACCAUUUAAAGAGACAUCAGCAAUAAUGGAUAUGCUUGAUGAAUUAAAAACAUCAUUAUAAGAAGUUAACUCAAAGAUUAAAGAUAGGAUAAAUGAUGAUUAAGACAAAGGUCUUAUUAAAUUGAUAAGGACUAAGAUAAUUCCAAGUUUAACAGAUGGUUAAAGAGCUGUAGAAACUCAAAAGAAAGCAUUAGCAGAAUAUAAAGAAAAGGCAGCCAUCUAUAAAAAAUUAGAAUAAAAGAAAAACGACCUGUUGUAAAAAAAUGAUGAAAAACUAUUAUAAUUAGAAAAAUAAUUAUAAGAAGCAAAGAGAGAGAAAUUAGAAAAAGGUUAGACUUUCAAUUUUACUUAUAAAAAUUAUGUAGAAGAUAAAAAUGAUGAAUUAAAAGGAUUAUUCAAACAUUUCUUUAAUAGAUUAUUAUUGAUCUCAUCUGCUGGUUUACAAUAUUAUUCAAUGGCCAUUCAUAAAAUACAUACUACUGAUGAAAAACAUGAAGUUUAAAUAAGAUUGAGUAAAUUAGGUAUUAUAAAGCUUAAAAAAUAAUGA